AUGUACACCUUCUCGCAUAUAUUUGGACCUGAAGCAAAUCAAAAAGAACUGUUUGAGCGCAUUGUUAAGGAUAACUUAAAAAAGCUGCCUGAAGGUCACAGUUUUACCUUGCUUACUUAUGGAGCAUCAGGGUCUGGUAAAACAUUUACCCUCAUGGGCACGGUGGCUGCUCCUGGUCUUGUACCUCGAUCUCUAGAGUAUGUGUUCAAAGUCGUAGAUGCAGCACAGAAACCUGUUUUUAAACCAGCUGAUAAUGGUGCUGAAAAAUUAAGUUAUGCUGCACAGGAGAAUGAAUUGCAGUUUGUUAAACAGAUUCGCCAUUUGUCAGCACCAUUACGUGAGAAAUAUCGUCGAAUGAGUGUACAAUUACACAAUGACUUAAUCACCAGCAGCUUGGAUUUAUCUAAUAGAACAAAGUACUAUGUUUGGGUGUCCUUUGUAGAAAUCUACAAUGAAGGCAUUUAUGAUUUACUCUCAAGCAAUGAUAGGAGUGCUUCAUCCAAACUUGUAAUUCGUGAAGACUCCAAUGGCAAUGUUUAUGUGAAGGGAGCAACACAAGUGUUCGUGAGGACCGGCGAGGAAGCUUACGACGUUAUGGUGGCCGGGAAACACAAUCUGCAAGUGGCUGCCACCGGUGUGAACGCUCACUCGUCCCGCUCCCACUGCAUUUUCACCAUAACGAUGCUGACGGAAACAGGUACUGUUUGUCGCGUAUCGGGUUGGGUGGUGGGCAGGAGUGGGUGGGCGGCGACG